CAGUCACUUAGCGAGCGGCGCUCCGCGGGUGCGGGGCUGCGCGGGCGGGCGCGGACGGCAGCGGGGUUUGCCUGGGCUGGUCGAGCACCUCCAAGUUGGAACUGUCCACCGGCGCGAGCUCCUGAACAUGAGCCUCCUGCCUCUGUACCUGUUCGGAUUGCUCCUCAGUAGCGGGCAAGCUCUACUUCAAGUUACAAUUUCACUUAGCAAAGUUGAGCUCAGUGUGGGUGAAUCCAAGUUCUUCACAUGCACAGCCAUUGGUGAGCCUGACAACAUAGAUUGGUACAAUCCACAAGGAGAGAAGAUUGUUUCUAGUCAAAGAGUGGUUGUUCAGAAAGAAGGUGUUCGAUCACGUCUAACCAUUUAUAAUGCAGAUAUAGAAGAUGCUGGUAUAUAUCGGUGUCAAGCAACUGAUGCUAAAGGACAAACUCAAGAAGCUACAGUUGUUUUAGAAAUUUAUCAAAAGCUCACUUUCCGAGACACAGUAUCUCCACAAGAGUUCAGGCAGGGAGAAGAUGCAGAAGUUGUUUGCCGUGUUACUAGUUCACCUGCUCCCGUUGUCAGCUGGUUGUAUCGGAAUGAGGAAGUCACAACUAUUGCUGACAAUCGAUUUGCAGUAUUAGCAAACAAUAAUCUCCAAAUUCUUAACAUCAAUAAAAGUGAUGAAGGAGUAUACAGAUGUGAAGGAAGAGUGGAAGCCAGAGGAGAAAUUGACUUUCGGGACAUAAUUGUUAUUGUGAAUGUUCCCCCUGCAAUUACUCUGCUACAGAAAUCCUUUAAUGCCACUGCAGAUCGAGGAGAAGCAAUAACUUUGUUCUGCAGAGCCACUGGAUCACCUCCACCUGAAAUCAGUUGGUAUAGGAAUGGUAAACUUAUUGAAGAAAAUGAAAAAUAUAUGCUGAGAGGAAGCAAUACAGAACUAACAAUAAGCGAUAUAAAAAAUAUUGAUGCAGGUCCUUAUAUCUGUAAUGCUAAAAACAAAGCAGGAAAUGAUAAAAAACAGACAUACCUUCAAGUUUUUGUACAGCCUCAAAUAAUACAACUUAAAAAUGAAACCACGGUUGAGAAUGGGAAAGCCACCCUCAUCUGUGAAGCAGAAGGAGAACCUAUCCCAGAGAUUACUUGGAAAAGGGCCAUUGAUGGGAUAACUUUCUCUGAAGGUAACAAGAGCCCAGAUGGCCGUAUAGAAGUCAAAGGGCAGCAUGGAAAAUCGUCACUGCAUAUUAAAGAUGUGAAGUUGUCAGAUUCAGGGAGAUAUGACUGUGAAGCUGCAAGUAGAAUUGGUGGGCACCAAAAGAGCAUGUACCUUGAUAUUGAAUAUGCUCCAAUGUUUGUGUCAAAUCAAACCAUGUAUUACUCUUGGGAAGGCAAUCCCAUCAAUAUAAGCUGUGAAGUGUUAGCAAAUCCAUCUGCCUCAGUUCAGUGGACAAGAGGAAAAUUAGUUUUACCGGUAAAAAAUACAACACAUCUGAAGACCUACAGUACAGGGAGAAAGCUGAUUCUAGAGAUUGCUCCCACAUCUGACAGUGAUUUUGGACGGUAUAAUUGUACAGCCACAAACAGAAUAGGAACAAGAUAUCAGGAGUAUACACUUGGUCAAGCUGAUGUGCCAUCAAAUCCUUAUGGAGUACGAGUUUUAGAGCUGUCACAAACCACUGCCAAAGUUUUGUUCAAUAAGCCAGAUUCACAUGGAGGUGUGCCCAUUCAUCAUUACCAAGUGGAUGUAAAAGAGGUAGCCUCAGAAACCUGGAAAAUAGUUCGCUCCCAUGGAGUUCAAACAACGGUUAUUCUCAGCAAUUUGGAACCAAAUACAACAUAUGAAAUCAAAGUAGCUGCUGUAAAUGGAAAAGGGCAAGGAGAGUAUAGCAAAAUUGAGAUCUUUCAGACCUUACCUGUCCGCGAGCCAAGCCCCCCUUCAAUUCAUGGACAACCAGGAAGUGGCAAGAGUUUUAAAAUUAGCAUAACUAAACAAGAUGAUGGAGGUGCCCCCAUUUUGGAAUAUAUUGUCAAAUACAGAAGUAAAGACAAGGAAGACCAGUGGCUAGAGAAAAAAGUACAGGGUAGUAGAGACCACAUCAUCUUAGAGCAUCUUCAGUGGACUAUGGGUUAUGAAGUACAAAUUACAGCUGCCAACAGACUGGGUUAUUCUGAACCAACAUUAUAUGAAUUCAGCAUGCCACCAAAGCCUAACAUUAUUACAGACACUCUUUUUAAUGGUCUUGGACUUGGUGCUGUCAUUGGCCUGGGAGUGGCAGCCCUUUUAUUAAUCCUGGUUGUGACUGAUGUUAGCUGCUUCUUUGUACGACAAUGUGGAUUGCUAAUGUGCAUCACCAGGAGGAUCUGUGGUAAAAAGAGUGGUUCAAGUGGAAAAAGUAAAGAACUGGAAGAAGGAAAGGCUGCUUACUUGAAAGACGGAUCAAAAGAGCCAAUAGUGGAAAUGAGAACAGAGGAUGAAAGAAUUACUAAUCAUGAAGAUGGGAGUCCAGUAAAUGAGCCAAAUGAGACAACUCCCCUUACAGAACCGGAGAAGCUGCCACUAAAGGACGAAAAUGGGAAAGAAGCUUUAAAUCCAGAAACCAUAGAAAUCAAAGUUGCUAAUGACAUCAUCCAGUCAAAAGAAGAUGAUAGCAAAGCAUAAUAAGAUAAACUACAGCUGUCUGGAUAAUGCAUUUGGAUUAAGUAACCCUGUGACCAAAACUUUACAGCUGACCUUAAUUCCUUGGGAAACUUAAGCUUGGAAUAGUUAGUACAUGUGUACAUAUGAUGAAACAGUUUCUGUCUACAGUUCCUUUCUAUUUUUUUGUUAAUGGUUUUAGUAUGUAGUUUUGCUGACACCAAGUCCCAUGGUAUAAAUUUGAAAAAUCUGCAGAAUAAGAACUGUAAUUUAUUAUAUGACAAAGUAUGUCUAUUUAGAAGACUAGUUACAAAGCACCCCUAAACACAAACAACACAUCAGGUCUCUCCAGAUCUUACAGUGCAAGCUACAUACAUAAAGUGCCAUAUACUGCUGUAUUUGUUUCCAUUUAUAAUGAAGCAAAAGUUUAGGUUGCCUUUAAAAAAAAGAAAACCAGUCUCAGUAUAAUGUUUAAGACCUUAGUACUGGCAGACACUCAGUAGUCAUUCCAGCUGUGCUUAUCACUUGAAGCAAACAAAAAAAAGACACUCUUCAAUAUAGAGCCAGCUCCACCAGCAGUUUCACCUUAGUUCUUCAGUAAAAUAAAAAGAUAACCACAAUGUACAGAUUUAAAUUGGCUAAAUAAUUUGUAGCAGUAUAUUGGCCUCGUCCUAACUACAUGAGUGUGACUCUGAAAGGCUCCAGGAUUUUCAGUGCUUCAGGUUUUCUGUACUAAAGUUUUGGAGGUUGCAUGUGAACUAAAAUGCAGCAAAGGUGUGAAAAGAAAACUCUUUUUUGAUCAUAAUCUUGGCUUCAAGCAAAACCUUACAAUAAACACAAACUCACAUUAUUUGUCCCAAAAUAUUUAUACAUAUACAGUAUUCAUUCUUUUAGUGCUAAUCAUUUAGUCGAGGGUUAAAACUGCAUUUUAGUGUAGUAGAUACAUUUUGUCCCCAAAUCAGUACAUGAAAUAUUAAAAGUUGGCCUUAUUAAAGUAGCACUUGUUCCUUUAUGAUUUCAAACACUUUGUCUUAACAAAAAAACCCAUAAGAACAGAUGGAAAGGAAGACUUUGGCUAAGCAGUUAGGAACAGUUUUAAAUUAUUAAUAGUAUCUUGUAUUAGACCAAAUACAUUUUUUUCCUGUCAAGCAUUCCUUAAGAUAAUCCUUUUUAUUAUCUGGUUAACAUGUUCCACUGAAAUUUGACUGAUUUAAUUGAUGCAAAAUUAAUUGCUAUUUAUUAUGAUUGAUUUAAUGGUGCCACUAACUGGAGCAAUAUAUUUUUUUUCCAUUCCAGCAGUGUAUCCACACCUACCAAUCUCUUCAAAGUCUUGCUUUGGAAGAAGUAGAUAAACUAUAUAGAAAACUAGACUGAAAAAUUCUACUUGUCAGGAGUAAAUUGUAAAGUACCUUGUGGAUUUUCCACAUCUAGUCAUACCUGAGGUUUAAGCAUAGCUUUACUCAGCAAAUUACGUCCUUUCCACGCUAUAACUGAAUUUUGCUCAUAUUUGAAGUCCUUAUACUUCCCAGUUUCCCACAGAAUUUCAUCAACCCUUAGCCGAUAUUUUGUGGUCAUGGCAAAGUUGUUGAAUUCUGUGUAGUAAAGCUGAAAGUGAAAUGUGAAAGAGUAUCCUUAAAUUUGAGGAAAAUGGCAGGUUAACCUGCUUGUUAACCCAAGCUUUAGCGCAUUUGAGGCAGCUGAGGAGGUUAUAUUUAAUUCAUAGAUCUUCCUUAUUUUUCAAAACCAAGUCAUUUUAUGGGUUUUCUUACAACUUUUCCUCACUUUGGGAAAUACCUACAGUGAACCAAGUAGUUGAGGACAUACCAGUGGUGUGGCUAGGAUAAGAGGCCAAGUUCCUACAAAACCAGUACCAAAGUGAAAAGAAUGGGUAAGAGGAGAUAGCAAUGUGGGAUGAAAGUUGUGAAAGAGAAUAAUUUAAAACUGCUGCAAAUAAGUUUCUUUAAGUGCUAAGGCACUGCUUCUGGGUGAAGGGAAGAUGAAGAUAUUCCUUUAUGACCUCUCACUGUUGCUUCCACAUACUGAGCAGACAGUACUACCAAAUAGCUGCUUGUCUAUUAAAUUUCUGUCCUGUUUCUUUCUAAGUACACAGUGAGCAGGACUGCCAUUAAAAGAACCAGUUGUCUUAUUUAUAUAUAUAUAUGAACAUAUGUUCUUUCUACAAAGUAUGUAUUUGCAGCUGGGCUUCCUCCCUCUAUCAAAAUGUAAGGAAGGGACCUGGAAAAUUCCAGCAGUUGAAAGUAACAUGGUUGGUGUGGCUUGAACAUCUGCAACCCACAUCAUCUCAUGCAGUAUUUUUACCAGGAUAAGGAUGAAGGUAGGAAACAUCCUUUUCUCUUCUACCUGCCAUCACAAAGUUAGGUGGUGCCAUGCAUAUUCACAUAAGUCAAGCUUCGCUAGGCAAAUGGUGCUUUUUCUGAAGCCAGCAUGAUCAUUUGCACAACAAGGUUCCUAUACAAUGUGGGCAUAGCUAACAGUGUUCAGGCUCAACUGUAGAUGCAUUUCAAAUUUUAGUACUUCUUAUUGAGACUUACACAAAACACCUUCAUGGCCUAACAGCUAUAUAUUGGGGUUUUUGAUUCUGGUUUUUGGUGGUUGUGGUUUGUUGGGGUUUUUUUCCUAAUAUGGCCUCUAAUUACAAUGUAAAGGGAUUAAAGAAUUUAAGAAGUCUUCUUAGCACAUUUAUUAUUAAUACACCUGUGUUACUCUUUACAAGUAAAAUACCCUGCAAAAUUAUUUCAAUAUUGGAAGCAAAAAACAUUUUCCACUAUAUUGGAUUACAAAUCAAAAGCUAUUUCCAGGAGUAUUUUCUUCCUGCUGUUAAGGCUCUUGCCAGUUGGGCUAUGUGAGGGCUGAGAAUUAAACAGUUCUGAAUUACUGAUGGACUGUUCCAAGCAUACCUUUUGGUCUGUGGAUUAAUAGGUUCUCUCUUGUGCUUUGACUGCUGUGCAGGAGAAAGCCAAACUAUAACUAUGAAAGAAUGCUUAAAAACACUGAUAUUUGCAAAUAUUUCCAAAUGAGGGACAGCACAUAGUAAUUUGUAAGAUAUGUGUAGAACUGGAAUAACAUCAUUUCUUUAUUUUCUUUUCCUAUUCUAGACUAAAAAGAAAAAAAACAGGUAUCUGUAUAAAUGUCACUUUUACUUUCUAAAAGUAAUUUUAAGUGUUAGUAAGAAAUGUCAGAAGAGUUGACAAAAUAUAACUAUUUAUAAAAGUAAUCUGAAUUGUUAUGCUAACAUACUCCAGGGAUGAGGGUGGGAGGGAGCCACUGAAAUUAUUAAUGAUACAGAAUGUGGCAGUGACAAUCUCUAUUCAACAAAAAAUAAGGAGUAAAAUUAAGUAAAAUGACUUAGAGCUUCUUGUUAUUAUUUUUUUUUAGUAGACCUGAAUUCUGGUUUGCCACAAUCGUAACAAAAGUUUUAAUUAAUGUUUUACAAUUUAGUAUACAAAUGUACUCUGGAGAGUUUUUUCUGGUUUUGUUUAUUUGUCUUUUUCAACUUCUAAGAUUUUUUUGUGGUUGCAGAAAUAUUUACUAUUCUGGUGAUGCUAAUGCCUAAUGUGACAAAGAUUAAUUUAUUUAGGCCUCAGUCUUGCAAGAAAUUUUGUGUGGCUGAACCCACCCCUCAUAUGGCACCCCACUGACCUCAGUGGGGUCCAUGUGAGCAGGAGGACAGAUGUACUUUCAUAGGUGAGCUUGCAGGAUUGGGCCUACUUUCUAUCUCUUCGUAGAUAUAUACAAUGUAGUUACACAGUGACAGUCAUCUAUAAAGGCUGUUUGACAACAGUCACUGGUAUAGUAAAUUCCACCUGCUGUCUUCAGCCUCUGCAUUGAUGUUCAUCCAAAAAAGUGGCUUUCUUUUUAUGAUGGUAAUUACUUUGAUUAUUUAUUUAAGUGCCAAUCAUCAAAGUGUAGUAUAAUAAUCAUGCCAUUUUUCUGUUUCCUAGACUGGAUAAUGGAAAUGUAUUUGUGCCUUUUGAUAGCAUGCCACUCUGCUUUAUUAAAGAAAAAUCUUCAAUAAUUUGUCUACAAAGCCUGUUUAAAAUAUUUGAAAGCUUUACCAUGACAUACUUUUUCUGCUCAAAUAUGCUAAAAUACUCAUAUAAAGUAAACUGGAGAUAGUAUUCUCAAGUCACGUAAAUAUUUUAAACACAAAAUUUGCAAAACUCUAUUGAGAUCACAAUUCUAGUGAGGGUCAUCAUGGGUAUAUUACUGCUGAAAAGAUUCAAGUAGAUGAAGCACAUGGCGGGUGUGUACGGGUGUUUUGACCAAUUUAUCAAGUUGAAGAGUCAGAUAGAAAGUCUCCUUAGUUCUAUUUAGGUACUUAGACCUAAACCAUUAAAAUCUUUUCUCAAAUCUGAAGGGUGAUGUGUAGCAUCUUCCCACCAUUUUACCUCUGGAGUAAAACUGGAGUGAAUAUUUGUUUCACAGUCAUUUGUGGCCUCACCAUCUCUGUGUAAGCUGUCAUAGGAAUUAAUAUCUUUGUAGAGUAAUUGUUGUGUCUGUUGGGUGACAUUCACUCCUGAUUAAAGGGCCUCCAAAAAGACCAUUUACUGGAAAAGCUCAAGACCCCUAUUAUGAAUUGAUCUAUGGAGGGGUGCUGAGAGCACUGCAAGAAGGGCCACAGUGGAACCUAGGACUCACUGGACUUUAAGACACAAACUGACUUCAGUGGGGCCUGAAUUUCAUCUAUCCAUCUCAGCGAGGCUCUGCAUGUACUCAGCUGAUCGAGUCGCUUUUGUGAAUCGGAGUUCUAGGUGUAAGUGGAACUUAACUUAAAUGUCCUGCCAGGCUCCUGCUAACGCUUUGCACAGAGGAGGUUUUCCUAUCAGGAGUUUGUACUGAUCAGGAAACAUUGAUAAAAAUAUCUGAUCACAGUUUUAUCCCAUACAUUACUAUAUGCCCAUAAAUAAAAGAAAUGAAACAUCACUCUAAAUAAUUCAUUGUGAUUGCGAUACUAUUUAGGUGAAGAUGAAAACACUGUAAGAAGUAAUGUUUCUUCUUAAAUCCCUUUGUUUAACUUCAGAUACUUGUGCUGAUCAAUGCAAAGCUACUAUGGUUAAAUAAAUCUUUUUUAAAAAGGCUCCAUCCACUUUUCAGAUUUUUUCAUAUCAUCUCCUGGAGUACUCAAUCCACUUGACAGCAGUUCUGUAGUGGUGGAGGGAAACCACUCACUAAGUUUUAAGUGAUCUUCAGUAUUUCCACUGCGCAUAGAAAUGCGUUCUUAUAUAAUUUUAUUUGAACCUGAGCUAAAAAGAAGCCAUUCUAUUACAAAUUUUGGCUUUGGAUCAGGCUCUGAGAAAUCACAGUUAAUCAGUCUAUCUUUCCUCUUAACAGGCAUUGUAAGCCUCAUGAUGUUUGACUUUCAAACUUGAAUAUUGGCCAUUUUUAGCCCAGAGGAAUGAAAUAAAUAUUUAUUGCCAAAUUUGUAUUGGCAGCUUUUAAGUCGCAGGUGAGAUCGGGAGCGGGCGAGAUGACCAGAUGCUGUGCCGACAGAAUUCAGGAAAGCCACUACUGGAGAGAACAGAUGCCAAAGAGUGAGCUGAGAGAGGGCUCGCAUACUUGGAGCAUCUCUUGCCUCUCAUUAGCAGUGACAAGGGAAAUGGGGAGCUACUGAAACAAGAGAGGCUGCUGGAGGGCAUUGCCAAAAGGCAGGGUACUGCAGGCAGUGAAAACCAGAGGAGGGGGAACAUUAACCCUGCUGUAUCCUUUAAUGCUACCGUGUAAGUAGGCUACAUUUUAAAACCUAAAAUACAGGGUUAGGGGAAGGGAAAACAAACCCUCAGAGUCUCUAUAGAUCAAAUAUAGUGACAAAUAUAUAAAGCAGUCAGACCCCCAGGAAGAUAAUUUCGUUGCUCAUGGUGUAGAUUUCUCACUAAGAAUUUUGAACUACUUAGACAAGGUUUAAAAAAAAAAAUAGCUUUCCUGCUACAAUGAGCACUCAGUAUGUAUUUGUAUGCUGUGUACAGUAUAAGCUAAAGCAUACCAUAUAUUGUUUUUGUUAUUCCACACGUCAACAGCCCACUUGCGAUAUAUACCAGCUGAAUUAUAUAUUGAUAAGUUAGCUACCACUGGAGCUAGUUUGUUUAUUGUUUAAAAAUCUUAUGUCCCUAUGAAAUGCUGUGUAUAUAUAUAUAUCUCUAUACUGUAAAAAGAAGUAAUAUCACAGAUGCUGGUUUUGUAUUUAUGAAAGACAUUGAAAGUAUGGCUUAAAGUAAAUCAAUUAUUUGUCACUCUUCACCAUUUGUAUAUUAAUAGUAAAGAUACUUUUACUUUAA